AUGACUUCGCCCAAAUACCUUCUCACCUCUGAGUCGGUAACUGAAGGGCACCCAGACAAGCUCUGCGACCAGAUUUCGGACGCUGUACUGGACGCCGCCCUUGCUGGCGACGCGGGAAGCCGGGUUGCCUGCGAAACGGUUGCCACCAAGAACCUGGUGAUGAUUACCGGCGAAAUUACCACCGCAUCAGAUCUCGACUUUAAUGAUAUUGCCCGCCGGGUGAUGUUGGAAAUCGGAUAUACCGACGUUAAAUAUGGGAUAGACGGUAAUUCUUGUGGCGUGGUGGCCCACGUGAGUCAGCAAUCUCCAGACAUCAGCAGUGGAGUGACGACUUCGCUGGAGCACCGGGGAGACGGCGCUGCCGAUGCUCGUCGGGCCACCGGCGCUGGCGACCAAGGCAUGAUGGUGGGAUUCGCCUGCAACGAGACUGACGGCCUGAUGCCUUUGACGGUUGACCUCUCCCAUCGCCUGGUGGAACGACUGGCGGCGGUCCGUAAGAACGGCACGCUUCCUUACCUGGGCCCGGACGGAAAAUCGCAGGUAACGGUGGAAUAUCGUUUCGGUAAGCCUCACCGGGUGGAUGCUGUUGUGAUCAGCACACACCACGAAGACCAGCCAGACCGAGCGGCCUUUCAGGAAAAGAUUCGCCGGGACAUUAUCGAGAACGUAAUCAUACCCGUGGUGCCGGCUCAUCUGCUGGACGACGAGACCAAGUAUUACGUCAACCCCAGCGGUUGGUUCGUCGUCGGUGGCCCCCAGGGGGAUACCGGCCUGACCGGACGGAAAAUCCUGGUGGAUACCUAUGGCGGGAUAGCCCGCCACGGUGGUGGCGCGUUUUCGGGUAAGGACCCCACCAAAGUCGAUCGGUCGGGCGCCUACGCGGCUCGAUACGUAGCCAAGAAUCUGGUUGCCGCCGGUCUCGCCGACCGGGUGGAAAUAAUCGUGUCCUACGCCAUCGGCGUGGCCGAGCCGAUUUCCGUGUCGGUGGAGACGUUUGAUACUAACAACCUGCCCAACGAGCGCAUCGAGCAACUGGUAACGGAACAUUUUGACCUGCGUCCCGGCGCCAUUAUCGAAGACCUGAACCUGCGUCGCCCCAUAUAUGGCAAGACCGCUGCAUACGGACACUUUGGUCGCAAAGACCUGGACUUGCCCUGGGAACAGACCGACAAAGCCGAGGCCCUCAAACAGGCUGCUGGAGCAUUCGCCGCCACGACGGGCGAUUAG